GAGCACUAGUAGAUGUUCUCUUGUUACAAUUGUUUUUAACAUUAAUCUGUAAGAUAAAUUACCGGCUAUAAUUGUGGAUAUGCAUGAUAGGCCAUUUAUAAUAUACUUAUCUAGUAUAUGAUUUCAAUUGUGUUAGACCUAAGAAAAUAUCAGUUGAUAUGGUGAAAUGUCCUAUAUACGGCUUUGGAAAGAUAACACCAUUAUUUCAUUUGUUUUUGAUAACUUCUGCAUAAUAAAUCACAAUUCAACUUACCUCUGAGCAUAAAAUUUAUUUUGUAGAAAAUCUCGGAAACUAUUUUAUUAAAAUGUUAAAACCUGUUUGUAGUAGAUCCCAAUAUGUAGAUCUAUACACUAUAUUUCCAAAGUUUUCCCGCCAGCACCCGCAUUAGAGAUAACUUUUGCAGACGUUCAUCAAAAUAGAAAUAAGUUUAAAUGCCUCAAACACAAUGCAUCCAGGGUAUUAUUUAAAUGUCCGUCGAACUUCCCCAGUCAGUUGUUUUGAUCAAAUUUAGGGUGCAUGUCGAAACUUGCAGACAAUUUUUUUCUUGUUUAUAGAUCUGUGCAUGACGCAUAUUAAUGUGGGCGGACCAUAUGCCAUCAUAUUGCUAUGUGUAUAUGGUCAACAUUAUGGGCCUACUUAAAUAUAAUGCAAUGCAUAUAUAUUCCUAUUCUAAUGCAAAUUUUUUUAAUUAGAAGCAAAGGAAUAAUUGAUCGAGUAGAUUAUGAUUUCUGUAACUUCUGCAUUGUUAAUAACGUACCGGUAAACAUUGGCAGCCUAAACAUGGAAACAAUAGUGGUAUGACGUCAUUAUUCUCUUUAUUGUGUCGGUGUCUCGACUCGACUCGUCAAGAAAUGAUCAGCUGGCAAAUCUAUCCACGGCGCAUGCUCUAAUCUAUGACAUCAACAACAAUGGCGGCGAACAGAGAUGAGAUCCUGGCGAAUUUUCAGGCCUGUACGGGUAUCGUGGACUUUAUGGAGUGCCUUGCCCACCUGGAACAGAAUGACUGGAAUCUUACGGGUGCUAUCAAUUCAGUGUUCAGUGCACAGGGUGACGGCGGCAGCAGUAGCAGUGGUGGCGGCGGCAGCAGAGGCGGCGGUCAGGAUGAGAGUGGCAUUCAAGGACGCUCUGCCUUUUCAGAGAUCCCCAUGGAUGCUCAAGAGCCCGUAGUUGAAGAUAUAGACUCCGUGGCACAGCCCACCUUCUCUGACACCGCUGGUCCCUCCUCCGGUCCCUCCUCAUCCCCCUUCAUCCCCUCUCCUGUUACCCUAUCCUCUGCACCCUCGUCCUCAGCCUUCAUCAGAAGACCUCGCUUCAUCCAAUUUAGCAUCAAACACAGGGGAAAGGUCAUCACGCUAUCAGUCACAGAUGAACACAAAGUUGAUCAUUUAAAAGACCUACUCUCAAAGCAGCUGAAUAUACCAAAGAUUGCCCUCUAUCUGUCAGGAUGGGAUAAUAGAGCAGCUUUACCAAGUGAUGAGACAACUCUCUCUACUCUCCACCUUCCUGCUGAAGUCAGUCUGACUCUAAGCACUCCGACAGUUGAAGGGGAAGCACUCCAGCCUUGCUCCUCUAAUGGAGAUGAGCUGUCAUUUCCAGAGCGACUCAUGAGACAUACAGAACUAGUCAUUACCGAUAUGGAUGAAAACACAGUAUAUAAUCUAAGAUACGAGGGCUGCAAGACUAUACUGGACGUCAAGCAGGGUAUAUUUGCAUUGACCAAUGUCCAGCCUAGAAGACAAGAAUGGAUCGGGUGGCCUAAUGAUAUGGACACACUAACGUUAGCAGCUUCAGGUAUUGAUUUCCCUCGUCACAUCCUAUCAUUCAAGAGAUUACCAGCUGAUGAACAACAAAAUAAUAGGUCUCAGGGUGGAGCCAGCGUAGACGCAGGGAACGACAGCAGUGAUAGCGACGAGUACGACGAUGCCCAGGAGGUAAUGGACCUGGAUGACCAUGCAAUGUUUGGUUCAGAUAGCUCAUCACACAGAGACGGGCCUCUAUUACCCGAUAACCUGGAGGAUGCGACAGAAUCAUUAAUACAUUUUUCACAAGAAUUUUCUGGUCGCUAUGGCAACACACAUCCAAAUUUCUACAUGGGGCCGUUAGAGGAUGCAAUUAAAGAAGCUUUUAAUGUUCCAGCCAAAGAUAGGAAACUAUUAGCAGUCUAUGUCCACCAUGACAAGAGUGUACAAAGCAAUGUUUUCUGUAGCCAAUUGAUGUGUUCUGAUAGUAUAGUCAACUUUCUCAAUCAAAACUUUGUCACAUGGGCAUGGGACAUGACAAGUCCAAAGAAUAGAGAAAGGUUAUUAACAGUAUGCACAAAAAUAUUUGGCAGUGUUACAGCGUCAACGUUAAAGAAUUUACAACAGGAUAAGUUUCCUUUGUUACUGUUGGUCAUGAGGAUACGAUCGAAUACAGAAGUCUUCUCAGUAUUACAAGGUAACCUAUCCCUAGAUGAAUUAAUGACGAGUCUAAUACAAGCAGUUGACUUCUUUACAGAACAGCAACAAGCAGAUGUUGUACAAGAGGAAGAAAGAAGAGCGUCAUUGAUGCUGAAGCUAGAGCAAGACCAGGCGUACCAAGAAUCAUUAAUAGCAGACAGAGCAAAGCAAGAAGAGAAGGAAAGACAAGAAAGAGAAGAAGGAGAGAGGAUCAUGAGGGAACAACAGGAAGAACAGAUGAAGAAGGCAGAGGAAGAGGCAAUAAGGUUAUCGCUAGAGCAGCAGCUAGCAGACGAGCCCGACGAGGGUUCCGACCUUCCCAUCAGCACGCUGAGGAUGAGACUUCCGACGGGCGAGACGAUGACGAGGAGAUUCCUGGCUUCUGAGAAGCUACAGAUGGUGCUUGUCUUCCUAGGUUCCAAGGGCUAUCACUCAGAUACCCACAAGAUCCUGACCACCUGGCCAAAAAGAGAUCUCACAAGCGAAGAUGGACAUCAAAACCUUCAACAGCUCGGCCUGUGCCCACAGGAGACUUUGUUUGUAGAGGAACGCUAAAGGAAAUCCUCUUCCACAAUGUUAUUGUUAUUACUUUCUGUGGAAGGGCACUGCUACGGAAAUCUCCGCCCCCUCCGUCGAGGAUCGUCAAAGCAAGGCCAAAGUACAGUCAAUGGAGUCAAAGAGGGAGCAGCAACGCACCUUCUGUCUGAGUAUAUCUCACCUGAUCCCGUUGUAUACUUCCAUUUUAGGGGAGAUCUAAAGCGUGGAUGAGUAUUUAAAGGAUGCAAUAUUGGUAUACUCAAUAUCAGAAUUUCAUAAUUGCAUGAAAUUGUUAGUUUUCUCCAUUGCUUCAUGGGAGCACAGCACAUUAUUAUUUCAGCUUGCAAAGGCUUUUUAGCUUUCAGCAGCAGUUAAAAAAGAGAAACAUUGGUACCUUUUCAAAUUUUGUUUCUGAUUUUGGGUAGCUAUCAUUUUUCAAUUUACAUGCUCACACUGGUAAUUUAUUUACAUUUUAUUGCAAUACCUUUUUACUUGAUUGAAUAUGAGAUCUACUUUCAUGUUCAUUCAUGCAAAACUGUUAUUUAAAAAAAAUCAUUCACAUUGGACAAAUUUGAAUUAUUGUUUAUUUUGCCAUGCCCUUUGAAUUGCUUCCUAAGGCUCACCCAUUAAAAUAAAAUCAAAACACCACAUAUUUUGCUUUGCUUCCGAAUUUAUCAAUUUUUUAUGCAUUUUUUUUGUCUCUGUGUACAAAAGAAAAAAAUCAUUCCUUGAUUAUGAAUCGCUACAAGUUUCUCUUACAAAAAUAGAUAUAUUUGUUCUAGCUUGAGACUGAUUAUCCCCUAAAAAAUAGGUGUUUAUGUAGUAAAAUUGUUAAUGAACAAUAAUAAUAUCAAAGUGAAGUGUCCAAAAGAUAUUACCCGGAUAAGAAAUGUAAUUUAAGCGAGCACCAAAUGAAAAAAAUGUGCUGCUCAAAAUACCAUGAAGAAAGUGAUGAAUAAAUCUCCAUCAAAAAUUUUGAAUAAACAAGGUCUUGGAGCACCAGUGUACCAGCCUAUUAAGCUUGCUGUGCGUAAAGUUUUUAACGUCAUCCAAAGUGUCUAUACGUUGGAUAUUAUUGCUUGGAAAAAGACCCUUCACCUUUCUGGAAUGCCAUGCUUAUUUUACACAUAUCUCAGCUAUUGCACAUUUUCUGCCAGAAUCAUGUAUGUUAUUCAUACAUACAAACACUCCUUUGGUCAUUUUAAUGGAUUCUGUUUUUAACUCAUUUUGAGAUCGUUACCACAACUGGCAUGUAUGUUAAAGUCAUGCUGUAUGAGAAAUAGGUCCUGCUUGCCUUGGGUGUAAGUAGUAUGUGACCACCAAGCAAGAUUGGGUAGUUCGUUUCUUGGAAAAAUGGCAACAUGAUUCUGGAGAGUAUUUCAGCAAGCAUCUUGUGGGUGAUUUUCAUUGACAAAUUUGCUCUCAUCCAAUCCGAUGCAAGGAUUUCAGUAGCUUACAACAGCCAUCAAUGGAAAUUGCUGAGAGGAUGCCUUAUGAAAUUCUGCUUUGAUGUAUUGGUAAAAUCUGUAAUGAUAGACAGAUGUGCUAAAAAGUUAUUGAGCCCCAUCAGAAAAUGAACAUAUUUCAAGUGAUCAAGUUCUGCCAUGUUUUAGAUAUUUAAUUGUGAAAUCAGGUGAUAAAAUAUUACAUGCAAUCAAGUUUUUUUUUUUCUCUCUGGGCUCACCGAACAUUGUAAAGUUGCUGUCUCCAUUCAACACUCAGCAUAAAGGAGUGCAAUUUCUGGUGGGGGUUCACUAACUUUCUAGAACCACUGUAGAUAUCGAUU